AUGGAUAUAAAUAAGCUCGUUGCCCAUGGGCAACCAUUUCUCGAAGCGGGCCGCAUCGAUUGGGAUGGCGGAACUAUGCAGAUUUUUGACCAAUUCUGCAAGAUCCCGUUCAUCGACGACAUGUGGCGUGGCAUCACGGUCACCUUCUCGGCCUCCUACCUCCCCUUGGAUGCCGUCGGCUGGUGGCAGCUCUUCUCUGUCCUCAACGACCUGGGCCCAAUGUACAGUGUCUGGUUCUUGGAGUCAUGCCGUGCCGGGAACGCCUGGACACCAGUCUACACGAUUACCAUUUUCACAUUCAUUGCCCAGCUUCUAGGCGUCGGGAAUGUCGCGCCGAUCUAUUACUUCUUGCAAGUCACCUUCGCCCCGUCCGCGGCGGCCUUGAGGCGCUCGGCCAAGGACCGGCAGCUCCGGUCGGAGCAGGCAUUGUAUCUGCUUCCGCUCUUCCUCGGCCUUCACACUUUUGAGGUCGUGCGUGUCUUCACCGCUGCUGAGCCCGAGACGCGCCAGUACUGGGUCUGGGCAUGGCAGAUGUCGCCUCUUUGGAUCGGCGUCGCGAACUCGCUGCUGGGCAGCCUCAGCGCUGCCGUAACGUCCCCGGCCCAGAUCUGCCGCACCCCCCGAUUUGCCGCGCUUUUCCCAUACAAACACUCACUUUUCAGUCCCCUUUAA